AGCGAAUCUCAGAUCUCUGCAUUGCGGCAAGAGCUGGAGAGCACUCGCGAAAACGCAGUACGGUUCGAGAAGGACUGUAAAGCUGCGGAAGUUGAGCUGUCAAUGCGAGAGAUACAGCAUGAGCAGGCUGUCGCCGCAUUACGGAGAGAUCUCAAUGCUCUCAGGGCGAAUCCUAAGCUCGAGGACAAGGUUAUCGAACUUGAAGAGAGGCACCAAGAAAUGGAGGAGCUCCUGAGGAGCAAGUGCCAAGAAAUCGAAGAGAACGACGAUCGUGUCCUU